UUCAACGUAACUCAGGAUAGUUCUUGCUAUUGCUUCGAUGAAUAAUCUCAUAGAAAGACGAAGGGCCAUGGACCAUGAUUAUGAGAAAACAAGUCUGGUCGAUAGAGUAUUUUUGGUCUAUCAAAGAUAUUCUCAAUAGAGAUCUCCACAAGCACAAGGUUUUGUUCUCUUCUAAAACUUUCUUCGAUAUAUAGCUUUGAACUUUGGUAUGUUUAUACGUUAUAUUCCUCACCAAUUGUAUAUUUUGUAACAGAUGAAGACAAUACCAGACAGGUUUAGAUCUGUUGAUGAAUACCUUCAGUGUUUUGUUCCUCAUCUACUUGAGGAAACACGGACCGAGUUGUUUUCUAGCUUCAAAUCUUUAUCAAAAGCUCCUGUCUUUCAAAUAUGUUCCGUGGAGACAAAGGAAGCAAGUGGAAGCUCAUCAAACAAGUUCUUCUACGAUAUAAAAAUAAGUAAUGCAUUGGGUACUAUUGGUGCAAACUAUCAGCCAAAAUGUGGAGAUCUUAUUGCUCUAACAAAGGAAAGGCCAAGACGAAUUGAUGUCUUGAAUCCUUUACUUCUCGCCUACGUUUCCUCGGACUAUGAUCUUAUAAUCUCUGUUCAUUCGUCUAGAUCGAUAUCUUAUCAUGAACUGAACCACCAACUCGAGGAGACUUCACUUCAGUUUGGUGUUUUCCUCAUGAAUUUAACAACGAACACUCGAAUUUGGAAUGCUUUGCACAACGAAGCUGCCAAUUCAACUCUAAUCAAGAGUGUGCUUCAGGAAAAUACUCUGGCAACAGAACAAUAUGUUUGUUGUGCAAAUGGUGCUGAUGGUUCUGACCGUGUUUCGGAUAUAAUCCGUUCUGCGAAACUGAACUCUUCCCAAGAAGCUGCAAUCUUGAGCUGCCUUAAGACAAGGAACUGUAUUCACAAGCACAGUGUGAAGCUGAUAUGGGGACCUCCUGGUACUGGCAAAACAAAGACGGUCGCAACUCUUCUCUUUUGCCUUCUCAAGCUAAAGUGCAAAACAGUUGUGUGUGCUCCUACAAACACAGCUAUUGUAGAAGUAACAUCGAGGCCCAUGUCCUUAUUUAAGGAAACUUCUUCACCAGAACAUUCUACUUAUGGGCUGGGGAAUAUUGUUCUCUCUGGAAACCGGGCUCGAAUGGGGAUUAAAGAGAAUGAUGUUCUUCUCGAUGUGUUUCUUGAUGAGCGCAUUGGAAUACUCGCUAACCUGUUUUCACCAACUUCUGGAUGGAAGCAGAGAUUAGAGUCACUGAUCAACUUUCUUGAGAAUACAGAGGCCAAGUACGAGCAUUACGUCGACUUAUUGAAAGAAGUCGAAACAAUGAGGGAAGAAGCUGAAAAGAAGGCGAAAGCCGUAAAGAUUCUUACAUUUGGAGAGUUUGUAAAGAAGACUUUUGAUGGCUUCAGUGAAGAGUUGGAGAAAAAUAUUGUUGAUUUGUACACUCAUCUUCCCAAGUCUUUCGUUUCGUCUGAACAAGUGGAGAGUAUGGUCGCAGCUCGUCAAGUUCUUCAGCGCGUAAGAUAUUUCUUGCAAGAGAAUUUUUCUAGAUAUGAUCUCAAGAAGGGAGGUUUCAAAUUUGAUUGCUUUAAAAGAAUCAGUGCUGAUUGCGUUCAGACUCUACGUUUACUUCCGCAACGUUUUGAGAUUUCAGACUUGUUGGAAAACAAAGAUACAAAAACAUUUUGUCUACAGAAUGCAGAUAUAAUCUUCUGCACAGCAUCAGGUGCUGCGGAUAUGAAUCCGGUAAGGACAGGAUCGAUCGACCUUCUUGUGGUUGAUGAGGCGGCUCAGCUUAAAGAAUGUGAAUCAGUUGCUGCUUUGCAACUUUCUGGACUUCGUCAUGCUGUUCUUAUAGGAGAUGAGCUUCAGUUGCCUGCAAUGGUUCAUAACGAGAUAUGUGAAAAGGCAAAAUUCGGAAGCAGUUUGUUCGAGAGGUUGGUUCUGCUUGGUCACAACAAGCAUUUUCUUAAUGUUCAAUACCGAAUGCAUCCUUCGAUUAGUCGUUUCCCUAAUAAAGAGUUCUAUGGUGGGAAAAUCAAAGAUGCUGCGAAUGUUCAAGAAAGCAUUUAUCAAAAGAGGUUUCUUCAAGGGAACAUGUUUGGUUCUUUCUCUUUUAUCAAUGUUGGACUUGGAGAAGAAGAGUUUGGUGAUGGACAUAGUCCUAAAAACAUGGUUGAAGUUGCUGUGAUUUCUGAAAUCAUAUCCAGUCUUUUCAAAGUUUCAAGUGAAAGAAGAAUAAAGAUGAGCGUUGGAGUGGUUUCUCCAUACAAAGGACAAGUCAGAGCAAUCCAAGAGAGAACCAAAAAUAAGUACAGCUCUUUAUCAGGUGAGCUUUUCACUUUGAAUGUUCGGUCGGUAGAUGGGUUUCAAGGUGGGGAAGAAGAUGUUAUCAUCAUCUCUACCGUUAGAAGUAACGGUAAUGGAAAAGUGGGAUUUCUCAACAACCGUCAAAGAGCCAAUGUGGCACUUACUCGAGCAAGGCAUUGUUUAUGGGUGGUUGGUAAUGAGACAACUUUGGCUCUAAGUGGUUCGAUUUGGGCUAAACUGAUAAGUGAGUCUAGGACACGUGGAUGUUUCUAUGAUGCUACUGAUGAGAAGAAUCUAAGAGAUUCCAUGAGUGAUGCUUUGCUUGAGGAUGUGUCUUCGAGUUUUGGAUCUCUUUCGAUUAGGAAUGGCUAUGGGAAAAGAAACGCUUGGUAGUGUUUUGUUUGAUCUUGUUUUAUGUUUAUGUGUUUUCCUGUUAAACUAUGUAUGGUAUUUUUAUG